CCGGGGGAGGCCCAGCCGCCUCUGCCCUUGCGGCGUGCUUUUGCGUUAGGAUAAAAAGGAAAGCCUUCUUGUUGUCGGAGCGUACUUGGGAAACCAUGAGGCUACCGAGUGGGUCCUGAAUUCUGGAAUCCGCGUCGCGGUAGUUUUUAAGGACCGGGGCGCAUACCCACGUAACAUCUCAGAUCCUAGCCGGAAUCCUACUUCUUUUGGCCCAUAAAGGCUUCAUUGUGUAUGGCUGCUCAGCUGGCAGUGCCGGACUGAGUGCAAUCCAGGGAGUAGGCCCUUGAAACAGAUCAACGCAAAGGAUGGGGAGUAACGUUACCACCAGAUAACUGGUAAUCCAUCGGCACGGGGCUGUCCUAAGGACUCACCAUGCGAGCCCCUAAGUGUCUUUGGAACCUCCAAGCAGAGCGAGCUGGAAACCAAGAUCAUCUCGAUUAAUUUUUGAGGAAGAAGAGAGAGUUCCUCAGAUGACGUGGGUUUCUUGGUUGAGUGUAUGAGUUGCCCGGUGACCUCGACAAGCGCUUGCAUAAUCCACAGGUGGCCCGGAAAUGCGAUGUGCUCCCUGGGAAGCAAAGGGAUGGAGGAAGACGGGUGAACCAAUACCUUGAAGAGAAGGCUUUGAUGCCGGCUUAAGUCAGAAACUGCCCAUCUAGCAUUUUUGUCAUAGCGGGGAUGGUAAAUUCUGCAAAAUAUCCAUGCUGAGGUCACAGUAUUAGACUAUCUUUUUGUGGGUUUUGAUUUUUUUUUUUUCUUGUGACUUUUUUAUUUCAAAGCGAUCAACAGCACAUCUCUUUAUCGCCACCAAAUAAAGUGUGUGUUGGAGGCGGGCUGUGAUCCUACUACUCUGUGAGCAUUGCCCUCCUGGAACGGAGCGUCAGGGUUGAUGAUGCUAUCAAAACAGUCAAGUGGCAUCCUCUCUCUCAAGAAAGGGAGACAUUUCUUUUUUUUCUCUAAGGUUGAAUUUCUUCAUGUCUAGGACCCAAAAUAUACACUGCGAAGAAAAAUUACCAGCGUGAAGCUUGUAAAGCUUUUGUGAGUCCAGAUGUUGAAAAGCCCGGGGUUCCCAGGAAGACGAGUUUUGCUGUCUGUAAAUGACUAAGUAAAUGUCCAUCGCUGUACCUCUUCUGACUGCCAUUCAUUCGGCCAGAGCAUCGCUCUUCAGUCCUGGUGACCAUCUUAUCUCCUUGGGGACUAAUAUUAAAACUAAACAAACACCAUGAUUUUCUGUCAAGAGGAUUUUCAUUUUCUUGCCAGUUUCACAUGUGUUGAUUUUGGAGAGCUGUUAUUUUGUGGCUGAGAGAGAAGGAAGUUAGACUAGCCUCCGAUACAUACUUUUCAAACUCAGCUUGGCUUGCAGAGGAGCUGCAGCACUGCCUCACCGCAUAAGGGAUGGGAUCAGAGAGCAGUGCCUUGAAGAGCUAUACGCUGAAGGAGCCACCUUUCACCUUACCCUCUGGACUUGCCGUUUAUCCCGCUGUACUGCAAGAUGGCAAAUGUGCUUCAGUUUUUGUGUAUAAGAGAGAAAACGAAGACAAAGUUAACAAAGCUGCCAAGCAUUUGAAGACACUUCGUCACCCUUGUUUGCUAAGAUUUUUAUCUUGCACUGUGGAAGCAGAUGGGAUUCAUCUUGUCACUGAGCGAGUGCAGCCUCUGGAAGUGGCUUUAGAAAUGCUGUCUUCUGCAGAGGUCUGUGCCGGGAUCUAUGACAUAUUGCUGGCUCUUACCUUCCUUCAUGACAGAGGACACCUAACACACAACAACGUGUGCUUGUCAUCUGUGUUUGUGAGUGAAGAUGGGCAUUGGAAGCUGGGAGGAAUGGAAACCGUGUGUAAAGUUCUACAGGCCACACCUGAGUUUCUGAGGAGUAUUCAGUCAGUAAGAGACCCAGCAUCUAUCCCUCCUGAAGAGAUGUCUCCAGAAUUCACCACUCUGCCAGAGUCACAUGGACAUGCCCGUGAUGCCUAUGCGUUUGGGACAUUGGUGGAAAGUUUGCUAACAAUCUUAAGUGAACAGGUUUCAGCGGAUGUUCUCUCCAGCUUCCAACAGACCUUGCACUCAACCCUGCUGAAUCCUAUUCCAAACCGUCGGCCAGCGCUCUGCACCUUACUGUCCCAUGACUUCUUCAGGAAUGAUUUUCUAGAAGUUGUGAAUUUCUUGAAAAGUUUAACAUUGAAGAGUGAAGAGGAGAAAACUGAAUUCUUCAAAUUCCUGCUGGACAGAGUCAGCUGCUUGUCAGAGGAGUUAAUAGCCUCACGGUUGGUGCCUCUUCUGCUUAAUCAGUUGGUGUUUGCAGAGCCAGUAGCUGUGAAGAGUUUUCUUCCUCACUUGCUCGGCCCCAAAAAAGACAGUGCACGGGGACAGACCCCCUGUCUACUGUCACCGGCCCUGUUCCAGUCACGGGUCAUCCCGGUGCUGCUGCAGCUGUUUGAGGUUCACGAGGAACAUGUGCGGAUGGUGCUCCUGUCCCACCUGGAGGCCUACGUGGAGCACUUCACUCAGGAGCAGCUGAAGAAAGUCAUCUUGCCACAGGUGUUACUGGGCUUGCGUGAUACCAGCGAUUCCAUUGUGGCAAUUACUCUUCACAGCCUAGCAGUACUGGUGUCUUUACUUGGACCAGAGGUGGUUGUGGGAGGAGAAAGAACCAAGAUCUUCAAACGCACUGCCCCAGGUUUUACUAAAACGGUCAACCUUUCCCCAGAAGAUUCUCCCCCGCACGUCUUCUGUAGCCAGCAGAGUCAGACGGCGCCAAUCUUGGAGAACCCCUCCUCUGGCAUGUUCCCUAAAUGUUUCUUUUCUGGCAGCAUGCCCAUCAGCAAGAAGCAGAUACAGCGAGAUUGCUACAAUACUCUUUUACAGACAGGUGAUAAAUUUCCUCAACCUAUUAAGUUUCCCAUGAAUGGAGUCUCAGAUGUGAAAAAUAACUCUGGAGAUGGUGAGAACUUCCCACCAGAUUCUAAAAAGUCUGAGGAGUGGCCUGAUUGGAGUGAGCCUGAGGAGCCUGAAAACAAAACUGUCAGCAUCCAGAGCUGUCCCACAGAAGCCUACAAGACCUCCACAUCCCCGCUCACUAACUUGAACAUGGAGGAGGCGGUGGCUUGGGACGACUAUGAACCCAGCAGCACAGAUACUGAAAUAAGUGCGAGAGAUGGAGUCCCAGCUGUUAGACCGGGCACCUCAGGGGAGCAGGAGGCCAUUCCUACUUUGCUUUCACUCACUGAAGAGUCCAGGCCUUUAAAAUCAAGUCCACCCCAAAAGACUAAUCAUGCACAAAGCAGGGACAACCCAGACCAAACCAAGCCACCGAACAUGUCAUCACAAGAAAGGCGCCUUAAGGCUCCAUCAGAACUUGGUUUAGGAGAGGAAUUUACCAUCCAAGUAAAAAAGAAGCCAGUACAAGAUCCAGAGUUGGACUGGUUUGCUGAUAUGAUUCCAGAAAUUAAACCUUCAGCUGCUAUUCUUAUUUUGCCUGAACUGAGGACAGAAAUGAUGGUUUCCAACAAGGAUGACGUCUCAACAGUGAUGCAGUUCUCCUCAAAAUUUGCUGCAGCAGAGAUUACUGAGGGAGAGUCUGAAGGCUGGGGAGAUGAAGGGGAGCUGAACUGGGAAGAUAAUAACUGGUGACAACGGGUAUAACUUUAGGGAAAAGGAUUUCUUUAAAAAAAAAAAAAAUCAAACUAAUACCUCAAAAGCGGGCUCUGCAGACAAGAAAACCCAAAAGCAUCCAUUUCUCCCAUCUGUGCCAACCGAAGUGUGAGUGGUCGAGUGCUGGCUAGCGCCCCGGCGGUGAAGAGUCUCCGCGCUGGCUUCUUGGAGGAGGAGCCCGUGUGCGUCUGACUAAGGCCAGUUUCUGUGAAGAGCAAGUAGCUGUGGAAAGGUUGAAUUUACUGCUUUUUUCCAGGACAAUUCCAGAAGAAAAUAAAUACAAAAAUUCAAGCUGAUUAGCUUAAUUUUGUGCCAUUUCUUUAACAGAAGAGUAAGCUUUAUUAUGAAAUACAACUUACUGAAAAAGUUUUAGCUGUAAAGUAUAUAAAUGAUUUUAAAUCGCUAAGGUUUCCUUAGGCAGCUUAUUUAUUUGUUUACAGUUGUACUAUCUGUUGGCCCUGUGGGUACCUGGGCAGUCCUUGACUGCUCCACAUGUAUUACACUGUACCAAAGUUCUUCUUGAGAAAUAUCACCCCCCGCACCUGUUCUCUAAAUGUCCAAUAAAGACUAUUUUCACUAGAUUCAA